AUGGCAGCAACACACAAUGCUUACAAUACUUUUCUCGAUGAAUCCCGUACUGUACUCUGUUUCGCCGUGUAUGAACUGGCAGCAAAUCCAGAAAUUCAACAGAAACUUCAAGAUGAAAUCAAAUUGGUUAAGGAUCAACUCAACGACAGCCCUCUGACAUAUGAGGUAUUGCAGAAAAUGAAGUACUUGGACAUGGUCGUUUCGGAAACUCUUCGACGGUGGCCACCACUAGGAACUACGAAUCGAGUAUGUGUCAAACCGUACACGUUGGAAGAUUAUGAUGGAGCACAAGUCACUAUUGAAUAGGGACAAGCUAUCCAGAUCCCAAUAAUAUCUUAUCACCAUGAUCCAAACUAUUUCCCAGACCCCUACCGAUUCGACCCGGAACGGUUUUCCGAAGAAAACAGGGAGAAAAUCAAUCAGGACGCUUUCUUGCCGUUUGGCAGUGGGCCUCGGAAUUGUAUUGGCUCGCGGUUGGCAUUGAUGCAGGUAAAAAGCUUGCUGUUCUAUCUACUCACUAACUUUUCGGUGGAAUUCUCCGAGAAGAUGGACGUUCCGAUCAAGCUGAAGAAAAUGUCUAUGACAUAUACCGCUCAAAGCGGUUUCUGGUUCAAUUUAGUGCCGAAGAGUGUAGAAGUUUAAAGUUUUACCAGCUGAAAACAAAAACUUUUCCACAUGUUUUUCACACCUCUCAGUCAAUGAACAAUAUAGCAAUCUGGUAAAAAUUAUGGAGAGUACCUCAUUUGGAAUAAUGCAGUUUGAUGUAACUCAAAAAUGCCCAUUUUUCAAAACUUCGUGAUUGCUAAUUA